AUGUCGUCUUUGGAGGGUGUAUCCCUCCCAACAGAGUUGCCACCCUGCGCCGCAGGAUUCACUUGGGUUAUUCUGAUGAACACCUGUCUGCCAAACUUGGCACGCACAAGAACUAAAUGCGCGCAUGGGUAUUACAUGCACCCAAAAUUCGGAAAGUGCAUGCGUCGGAGAUACGACAAAAAGCAGCAGAACGGUGUAAUAAAAGACUGGAUAGACUCUAAACCGAAGACGACGACCACAAAGAGACCUCGGCCCGCGACCGCAACUCCCUAUGAGGGCGCUUAUUAUGCUUAUAAUGCUGGUUUCGGAAGAGGCAAAAAACGAAAACGAUAGGCAUAAAAAUACAAAUACAAUACAUUGUUUUCUGAUUACCAUUUAA